AUGGUGGCUGAGAAGGAGAGCGAGAGCGAGACACCCCCUAUACCUAGAGCUCGACCUAAACCUAGACCAAUUGUACAGUUGGGGAUCUUCCUCAUCUCUCACAGCCUCCUCUUCAGUGUCAUUUUCUCCACAGCUGGGGUUCUGGCUCUUUUGCUGCUUCCGGUUCUCGCCAAGAACACCUACAUCUCCGAGAAUGCCCUUAUGCCAGGCUCUGUGGCGCCUAUGCUCUCCAAUCAGGAGGUUGCAGAGGCUAAUAGAUUGGUCAAGGAUUUGACUUCAUUGAAUUCCAAGCCUCUCGCUUCGGCAAUAGGAAGUCAAAGACUCAUAUCACAGUACAUGUCAAACUUGGGCGCUGAAGUUAGUCAUCAUAAGUUCCACCCUCAAUUAAAUCAGUUUCACCCUCUGCACUUCUUUUCUAGCCCUGAUUCUGGAAGAGUUGAGCAGAACAUCAGUUGUGCAUUGCAUGGUGUCAACACUGUUGGAAUUAUCAGAGCACCGCGUGGUGAUGGGAAAGAAGCUAUUGUCAUGGUUACACCUUUCAAUUCAGUGAAACUUAACCAGAAUGAGGCCUUAUCCUUGGCCAUUGCAUACUCCGUGUUUUCCUUGCUCACUAGAGUUCCUUGGCUGGCCAAGGAUGUUAUAUGGCUCGUUGCAGAUUCCCAAUUUGGAGAGUAUUCUGGAGUUGCUGCUUGGCUGAGAGACUAUCACACACCUGUAUUUAGUGGACUGGGCACGCUAGAUGCAGAAAUGUGUCCGGAAAGCAAUAGUAUUUAUGGACUGAAUGAGAACCUUUCUAUAAAAAGGACGAUUUAUGAUGGAUUUAAACGCGCUGGGACAAUGGCUGCAGCCCUUGUCAUUAAGGUUGCAGAUCGAAGUGAACAGUAUGAGGAUAGUCUUAGCAUCUAUGCUGAAGCAUCCAACGGGCAGAUGCCAAAUCUUGACCUCAUCAAUAUUGUGAAUUAUUUAGCAGUGCAUAGGCAAGGUUUGAGGGUGAAGGUGGAGAAAUUUUGGCCUUUACUUGGCUUGAAGUGGCUCAAGACUUUGGGUGAAAUAUUUGAAUCACUAGGACAUUUGGCUAGAAGCGUAAAUCCCCAAUGGAAAUUUGGUAUCCCAGCUGCAGACUAUAUUGAGGGCAGUGCUACACUCGCAAGUUCCUUGUACUACCAGGCUUUGGGUGUCCCCACUGGCCCCCACGGUGCCUUUCGUGAUUACCAAGUUGAUGCAAUUACUUUGGAAAUUUUUCCCAAAGUUUCUUCUUUGGAUAACAAAGUCAGGCAAAAUGACUUUCUUCUACGAAGUGGCCGAUUAAUUGAAGGAGUCAUACGGUCAGUAAACAACCUCCUAGAGAAGUUUCACCAGUCCUUUUUCCUAUACCUAUUAACGUCUCCGGGUAAAUUUGUGUCAGUGGGAGUUUACAUGAUUGCUUUUGCACUUCUAGUUGCACCACUUCCAAUGGUGGCAGCUUCUUUCUAUGUUGAUGCCAGUAACUCCGAUUAUAGUCUAAAAAUAGACAAACCUGCUCCUUUUGCCAAUGCUUCUGAUGAACCUUGCAUCACUCUCAAAUCAUGGAAAUGGCUUUUUGCAGCGAAGAAAGUUUUUUUUGUGCACUUGUGGGGCUCUGUUGUUUCAUUACUCCCAUAUUUCAUCUGUCAAAUACCCAGUUGCACUCCAACAACCAGCUUUAUUAUCUGGGUUUUCCUCUCAAUACUCAGCCUUGUGGUCAUGUACAUUUUCUUGGCUUCUCCAUCCUCUCAUGCCAAUGAAUCUCAACCUCAAAGAGGAGAAUGGGCUAUCUUGAAAUCAGUAACUCUGUCAGCUGCCUUCAUUGGUUUGUGUCUCAUGUCAGUCAUUAACUUUGCUUCGGCAGAAAUUGGGGGUUUACUGAUGGUCCCAAUGUGCUUGAUGGCUCAUCCUUUAAAGCUGGAUGUUAAAGCUAGGAGCAUCAGAACAGUUUCAAGGGUGGUUUAUAAUCUUGUUCUGGGGUUUAUUGGGUUCCCACCAGUUGCUUUUAUAGUGUUAAAAGGUGCAUUUGAGGGUUUCAGCGGUGUUAACGUCGGCGACUUCUGGUCUUGGGUGGAGUCUCUGUGGGCUUGGAAUAGUGCUACUUACCUCUAUAUCGAUAAAUUAGUGAUUGGUUUAGACCUGCUGAAAUCAGAAAAUGAAGAGAACUUUUCUUUCUAUGAUAUGUCUAAUGACUCUAACCUGGUGCCUGUUGAUGUUGGCUGA